AUGAUGUCAUUUUCUAAAGCCAAGUUGAAAAGAUUCAACGACAUUACAGAUUUCGCAUCACCUUUUACCAAAGACAAAUCUAAGAAGGAAAAGAAAGCCGAUUUGUUUCUUGACGACAAUGCUAUUCCCAGUGAGAAAAAAUCGAAAUUGCGCUUGUUUCGGACACCAUCUUUACCGUAUCGUUUGAAGUUUCGUCAAGUAUCUGAUCUUACUCCAUCCAAGAAAAUAUCGAAGAAAACAUCACCAGAUGUUGAAAUACCAGCACCAUCAUCAAUUUCGAUCUCUCCGCAAAUCGAGUCAAUUCCACCAUCAGCAAUCUUUCGCAAAUCGGAGAGAAAUAUUUUGGAAAAGAAAUCGAGGGAUGAAAAAUACAUUGAGAAGUUGAAAAGUGACAUUGACAACUUGAAUAAAACCAUUAAAUCGCUUCAGUUGCAAAACUUGGAGAAACAUGAGAAAAUUGAUGACUUGUCCAAAGAUAUUGAAAGUAUGAGGUUAGCUGAAGAUUUUCUUGAGAAAAUUGCUGAACAAGCGAUCAGUAAAGUGCAUGAAUCAGACACAAAAGUUAAGGAAAUAUUAAGAAGCUACGACAUUUUAUUACACCACAUGGAUCGAAUGAGUUCUGAAAAUGAAAAGAUCCUGGAAAUUAACAAUGAACUCACGAAGUCAAAUGAAGAAUUUGUUGAGAUGUUUGAUGAGAAGAUUAAAGAAAAGGAAAGCGAACUGAUCGGGAAGAACGAAGAAUUAAAUAAAUUAAAAUUAAUUUUAUCACAAAGAAAUAAUAAAAUUAAAAACUUUGAAUUUGAAUUGGGGAAGAAGACGAUGGAAUGUUAUGACAUGACCAACGCUAUUCAGAAAUCUGAAGAACAUAUGAAAAUAUUUGAAGUUCAACAUGAAGAAAGUUUGAAAAUGUUAAGAGGCUCAUACGAAAAUGAAAUUUUCUUUUUAAACUCACAACUCUCAAAAGUGCAAAAUCAACUUGUGAAAUUGUCAAAGAAUCAGAAAAAGGCUCAAUCGAUUGAUCUUGAAUCACAAAUAGAGUUUGAAAAUCAGAAAGCGAAAUUUGAAAUUGAAAAGAAGAAUUACGACAUUACCAUUAAAAAUUAUCAGAACAUCAUUGAAGUUCUUUCGUUGAGACUGAAAAAAUCUGACACUGAUGUCGAAGUGAUUAUGACUGAAAAUGCUGAUCUCAAAACAGAAAUAUCAGAAUUAAGAAGAAAUUAUGAUAAACUAAGACACUCGGCAGAAAACUUAAAGAAAUCCUUUGACGAAAAAAACUUGUUUUUUGAGCAACUCAUGAUGUCGUCUGAGAAAGAAAUGAUUACAGUAGUCUCGAAAAUGAAUGAUUAUUUCAAUGAGAAGUUUGUCGAGAUUUCUGAACUCAAAAAAGGUUUUGAUAUUCGUGAAAAGAACACUAAAACAAUGACAUCAGCGAUUCUCGAAGAAUAUUCAAUUGGAAUUGAACUUGCUAAGAUUGAAUUGAGUGACAAGCAAAAGAAACUCGAAGACUAUGAUAAUGAAAUGAAAGCAAUCAAGUUGGAAAAUCUUCAACUUAAACUGAAGCUUAAUGAAAAUUAUAACAAGAUUAAAAGUCAAAAAUUCAAUAAAGUUACGACCGACGAAAAUGUAGCAACAGCAGCAGAUGACGACGAAGUGAAAAAUCUUCAACAAAGCGAGGAAGAAAACAUGCAGCUGAGACUAAGAUUGAAAGAACUCGACAGGAAAUUCACCGAGUUUGAGAAAAUAUCAAUUCAACGUGAAAACGACUACAAAACAAUCAUCGAGCAACAACGGUUGGAUAGUGAACAAUGGAAGAGUUUUGAGAACUUGAAGGAAUCGAAUAUUGAAAUAAGAUCGAAAAUUCAAAAACUUCAAGAAAAUUAUCAAAUUUUCGACAGUCCUAACAAGACACCAACGAAGAGAUCGUUGUUCUUCGGAAAGGAGAAUCAAUCUCCAAUAUUCAGUGGUCCAGGACGUUUACAAGUCGAAAAUAGCCCAAAGAGUGUUUUGAAACCAAGAAAUUAA